AUGGGUGCGUGGUGGACACCUUUGUUUGAGGCAGCUUCAGGCCAAGAGGUGCUGCCCAACAUGCUGCAGGCGAAACGUCAGAAAGCUGAGACGACAAAGGUGGCUUCAACCCGGGACUCCAGGCAGACUCGUGAAGCUCGAAGGGAAGCAAAGAAAGAUUGGGCAGCUGCAAGAGAGGUCUAUGGCUGGGGCCAUCUCAAGACGCAGCUAGCAGCAUUGCACCUGGCAGAGCUGGAGGAGCCGAAGAAGGCACGAUGGCUUCUGCAAGAAGCCUUGCCUGGCCUUGAGGCUUCCCUCGGACUGCAUAAAUCGACAUUGAAGGCCCUGCGGCUCCUUGCACUGCUGCAGCCAGAACUGAUUUGGCUGCAAAAAUGGAAGCGCUCCUGCGAGGCACUGCUGGGUCCGUCGCACAUUGACACCAUUGAGGCAAUGUGGCAUUUAGCAACUCAUUUACACCAUGCUGGAGCAUACCAAGAUGCUAUUGAACUCUACGCUUCUGUUGCUUGCCGUUGCCCUCAUCUUCAGGUGAGUGCCCUGCUUUUGCAGGCAACGGUCCUUCAGGACGCAGGAUCCAUGGGCCAUGCAGAGCUACUGGUGCGUCAGGCGAUUAGAUCUCUGGAAGCUGACAGUCACCAUGAGGCGGCGGCUGCACACCAGUUCUUGGCAGAAAUCCUGCUCCUGCAGCAUGCGGAAUCGGCUUUAGAAGCACACUCCAGGCGGGACCGGGGAUCUCUCCCGACAGAGGAUCUCUCCCUCCUUCUGGAGGCAGAGCAGCUCUUCCGCGGGGCGAGAGACGGGUCGCUCGAUGCCCGGCUCCCUCGAUCGACGUUUGGGCUUACACAGACCUUGCUGCAACUGGCCCUUUUUGAUCGCUUCGAUCAACGGGUGGCAGAAGCGGAAGCUUUGCUCAGAGAGGAGUUGAAACAUCAAGACCUGUGGACACCAGACUUCUUUGCCUGCCAAGCAAGCUUGGCAUUCUGCUUACAGCUGCAAGGCCGUGACGAAGAAGCCCAAGACCUGUACGGCAAGGUCCUGCCGGAAUACUGCCGCUGGGCUGACACCCGUCCAAAGAACUGGAAGGUUUCGGCUUUGUCUCUGGGUGCUUCUGUGGUAGGUGCUGUCAGCGCUGCGUACAAUUCUGCUUGCCUGGAUGGGGACGUCACAAAGCUCCGAUGGGCCUUGGAAGCCUCGCAGCCUGACCGACGAGUGAGCGCCUGUAUCGCCCAGCACCUGCUGCACUGCCUGCCCGCAGGUGGCUCAGAAGAAGAGAGGCAAAGACUCCAAGAGGAAUAUCAGUUGGCAAUGAAAGAUGCCAAGCUUGGAGAAGACGAGGCCAGCUUCUUGGUGCUCUGGCCGCAGCUUCCAUCGGCCCGGUGCCGAUGGCGGCAUUCCGGAGACUCCAGCUUCAAAGGUAUACGACUCAUCGAGGAUAGUAAGAUCUCCGCAGAAAAACGUGCCGAGCUCUACUUGAGGCCAAAGAUCGACUUAGCCACUGCUAAAAGCCGGGCGGAGCCCAUCAUUGCAGAGGUGCGCCAAGAUGGCGAUGCCGCGCUGGCGCGCCUGGCGAAGCGCUUCGAUAAGGCAGAGCUGUCGCAGGAUGAUUUGGUCAUCGACGUGGCAAGUGCACCAUGGCCAAAGGUGGAGCCCAAAGUGGCCAAGUCUUUGGAUGCCGCCUACGAAAACGUGCGACGCUUCCACGCUGCACAGAAGAAGCCGACCUUGUGCGUGGAGACGAUGCCUGGUGUCGAGUGCCGGCGCAUUGCAGUACCCAUUGAGGCGGUGGGCCUCUAUGUGCCUGGUGGCACCGCUGUUUUACCCUCGACUGCGUACAUGCUAGCUGCGCCGGCCAAACUGGCUGGCUGCAAAGAGAUUGUUCUGGCCACUCCACCUCGAGCGGAUGGCAGCAUUUGCCCGGAGGUGAUUUAUGCCGCCAAGCGUGCGGGUGCCACCAAAAUCCUGAAGGCGGGUGGUGCACAGGCCAUCGCAGCCAUGGCCUUUGGCACAAAGAGCUGCCCAAAGGUGCACAAGAUUACCGGACCUGGCAACCAGUAUGUGACCGCAGCAAAGAUGAUGCUGCAAGCCGAUGACGAGGCAGCUGUGUCCAUCGACAUGCCAGCCGGCCCAUCGGAGCAGCUUUGCAUUUUUGAUGUGACCAGCGACCCUUCCUUCGUGGUAGCAGACUUGCUCUCACAGGCUGAGCACGGUCCUGACUCCCAAGUAGUGGGUGUUUUUGUGAGUCCUUCAGGUGAGACCCAGAGCUAUUUGUCCAGACUGCGAGAAGAAUUCGAGCAGCAGACCAGCAAGUUGUCCAGACGGGACAUCACGAAGCAAGCUCUGAGCAAGAGCUUUGUCAUCGUCGUCAACUCCCUAGACGCUGCCAUGAGCUUCUCCAACGGGUAUGGCCCAGAACACCUUGUGGUUCAAACGGCAGACCCCGAGGCGUACCUAGAAAAAGUGGUCAACGCAGGCUCUGUUUUUAUGGGCGCCUUUGCGCCGGAGAGUUGUGGAGACUAUGCCAGCGGCACAAACCAUUGUUUGCCAACAAGUGGGUAUGCUAGACAGUUUGGAGGUGUCUCCACAGACACGUAUUUGAAGUAUGUCACUGUACAAAAGCUCACACCUGCCGGAUUGAAGAGAGUAGGACCCCAUGUCGAGGUCAUAGCAGACGUUGAAGAGCUCGAAGCGCACAGGAAUGCAGUAACUAUUCGGCUGGCGAAGAUUGGCAGAGAACUCUCCUGGCUGGACAAGCUUGCAGCUCUUUGUCGCUUUUGCUAA